AUGGAAAUCGAGCACAACCAGAACGAAGACGCCAUUGCCUUUUUAGCUGCUCCCUGGUCUCUGUCCCCAGGCCUGGGCUCUAAGCCCCUCAUUGAAAUAAAGGGCCAGGAGGAUGGAAGCGUGCGGCUGGAGUGCACGUCUAGAGGCUGGUUCCCGGAGCCCCGUGCAGUGUGGAGGGACCCUCUCGGUGCGAUCAUGCCGGCCCUGGAGGAGGCUUACACGGCGGACGCAGACGGCCUCUUCGUGGUCACCACGGCCGUGGUCAUCAGGGACUGCUGUGUGAGGAACACAUCCUGCUCCGUCAACAACACCCUGCUUGGCCAGGAGAAGGAAACUGUGAUUUUCAUCCCAGAAUCCUUUGCUCCCAGCACCUUUCCCUGGACAGUGGGCCUUGCUGUCAUCCUGCCUUCUCUGCUCCUCUUCACCGCCGGGAGCAUCUGUCUCAUCAGGAAACUCCACAGGGGAAAAGAGGUUGAAAAUGAAGAGAAGGAAAUUGCAUGUAAGGAAUUGGAGACAGACCAUGCGGAAAAAGAGAAAGAACAUCAAAUAAAAGAGCAACUUCAAGAAGAAUUACGAUGGAGACGAGCCCUGCUACAGGCCGCCGACGUGGUCCUAGACCCGGACACCGCUCAUCCUGAGCUCUUCCUGACGGAGGACGGGAGAAGUGUGAGAAGAGGCCCCUCCAGGCAGAGUGUCCCCGACAACCCGGAGAGAUUCGACUGCCGGCCUUGUGUCCUGGGCCUGGAGAGCUUCUCCUCAGGGAGGCAUUACUGGGAGGUGGAGGUCGAAAACGUGAUGGUGUGGGCUGUGGGGGUUUGCAGAGACAGUGUUGAGAGGAAAGGGGAGGCCCUACUGGUCCCCCAGAAUGGCUUCUGGACCCUGGAGAUGUUUGGAAACCAGUACCGGGUCCUGUCUUCCCCUGAGAGGAUUCUUCCCCUGAAAGAGCGUCUUCGUCGGGUGGGCGUCUUCCUGGACUAUGAAGCUGGAGAUAUCUCCUUCUAUAACAUGAGGGACAGAUCACACAUCUACACAUGUCCCCGUUCACCCUUUUCUGGGCCCCUGAGACCCUUCUUCAGGCUGGGGUCUGAUGACAGCCCCCUCUUCAUCUGCCCAGCCUUCACAGGGGCGCGGGGGAUCCUGGUGCCUGAGGGCGGCCUGAUCCUCCACAGGACAGGGACCCGUCACAGCCCCCACGAACAGUGCUCUGGCCUCAGAGCCAAGUAGAGAAGCCUUGGCCAUCUCUGCACAGCACCCCGGAAGGAAACAGACCCUCCUUCCCGGUGCACACACGGAAGAACCUCCUCCAGAGGCCCCUCCGACACCUGCUUCAGGCCCAGCCCCAUCCGCCCCUCAUUAGACUGUUGCUUUAGUAACUCGUCUGCUGGGAACCAUGGGGCAGGGUCCGGCCUCAGAGAGGGGCUGCCACAUGGCUCCCACCUAUGAAGAGUGUGUGAAAGUGACAGGCUCUCCCAUCAGAGUGACACAUUGAGCCUGACGCUCAGGUUGACAUCAGACGCUGUGGACUCAGGGCGGGGGCAUCUGGACACAGCAGGCUGUGAGGGGAGGGAAGCCACCGCUGGAGGUCAGGGACAGAGGAAGCUGCCAGGGGGGUGGGAGCCUCGCCAUCACAGCCGAGGGGCGCAGGGGCUGACGGUCCAUUUCCACCCCUCCCCUGAGCUUUCCAGACCACACAGCAAAGCCCUCCCAGCCUAGAACUGAGCUGGAGAAGGAUGAAGACACAUCUCGGCCUGCCUCAGGUGUCCCCUCAAUAAACUGGGAGUCAGUACUCAGUUACUGAGUGUGGCCUGAAGUCUAAGGUCUUAGCUGAGCAGGUGAGUACUGAACCAGGUGGAUCCCGGGGUUCAGGUUCAGUGGGGAAAGCAGCACUUUCCCACUUUUUGACCUCAGGCUGCCUUUAGACAUUAAAAAUUAUGGAGAGGGACCCCUGGGUGGUGCAGUCGGUCGAGUGUCCAACUCUUGGUUUUGGCUCAGGUCUUGAU